ACCUUGUUUGCAGUACCUAACUACUUCACCUCCUUCCCCGAAGCUUCAUUGGAUUGGAUAUACUUGUACACACUCAUGUUGUUGAAAUUGUAACAAAAUUUAACAUUCCUUACUCUUCAACAUUUAUUGACUUUUCCAUUCAAAUUUAUUUAUUGACUUUUGUCAAAUAAUUCCGCUCUAUUCGGAUAAUUGCAAUUUGCAACACUUUUUGACUUUUUUUUUUCUUCUCUUAUUAUACAUUUGAGAAAAUCAAUUGAGUGAUCGAUAUGACAUUGAAAUUAAUUACCUGAACUGGUCCAUAGUCAAACCAACCGCUUGCAGUAAGUCACGUUUGGCAACCAAUUUGAUAUAUACGUGAUCAAUGAUACAACAAGUUUUGUAGUUGUUGAAAAUGGUAGAUGAGGGUGGUUUGAUCAUGUUUCCAAUGGAGAAGAGAGCGUUGGAGUGUGUUGGUAAAGGCUUUGAUCUAACAAGUGAUUUUCGAAUGAAAUUCGCGAAAGGAUUGAUGAAUGGUGGAAGGUUAGUGGUGGUUGAUGAAGUAAACAAGAGAGAUGUUAUUGUCCCUGGUGGAGUUAUCAUUCCAGAUGUUUCCGAGGAUAUUCGGUUCGACAGAGGUGAUCGCGUUCGGUUCAAAUCCGAUGUUCUUCCAUUCAAUCAGAUGUCUGAAAUGGUUAAUCAGAAAUCAGCUAUACCAGGAAAAAUUCCUUCGGGCUAUUUCAACGCGGUUUUUGAUUUGAGUGGCGAUUGGUUCCGCGACGCGCAAGAGAUUAAAUCUCUUGCUUUUGAUGGUUACUUCAUUUCUCUUUACUAUUUGCACUUAACUGCUUCACACCUGAAACUUCAAGAGGAAGUCAAAAAGUCUGUUCCAGCACAGUGGGAUCCAGCUUCUUUGUCCAGGUUUAUUGUGACAUAUGGUACACACAUAAUAGUAGGCAUGGGUGUUGGAGGACAAGAUGUAAUAUGUGUCAAACAAAAACAUUCUUCGAAGGUUCCUCCGGGUGAUCUCAGAAGACAUUUAGACGAUUUAGGCGAUUUUUUAUUUUCAGAUUUAAGGAGUCCUUCUCUACUCGACAGGAAGACGACAAUAGAAGACAAACAAAAAGUCCCAGAAGUUUUUAACCGUGUGAUGCAAUCAAGCACGACGCAGUUUACAAGUAUUUCAGAAACAUCAAGCAAAGAUGGCCUCACUAUUAUUUGCUCAAAAAGAGGAGGAGAUGUGUUUAAGCACAAUCAUUCAAGUUGGCUCCAAACAAUGGCUUCUAGUCCUGAAGCAAUCCAUUUCAAGUUUGUUCCUAUUUCAUCGCUUCUCACCGGAAUUCCUGGAAGCGGCUAUCUUAGUCAUGCAAUCAAUUUGUAUUUAAGAUAUAAGCCCUCUACGGAAGACUUACAAUAUUUCUUGGAGUUUCAAAUUCCCAGAGAAUGGGCACCGAUGUUUUCUGAGCUUCCUCUGAGGCAUCAAAGGAAAAAACCUCAUUCUCCUCCACUGCAAUUUAGUUUCAUGUCUCCAAAACUUCAUAUCAACUCUACACAGGUAGUAAGUGAACAAAAACCCGUGGUUGGCCUCCGAUUAUACUUGGAGGGAAGGAAAUGUGAUAAACUUGCAAUACAUAUACAUCAUCUCUCAAGCCUUCCAAAUACAAUGGAACUCUCUUCAACUACUACUAGUACACCUAUGUGGCGAGGAUCCGACAAUGAUGAAUCGAGUAACCAAUUCGCGGAACCAAUAAGAUGCAAGAGAUUCGCGCACGUCUGCACUUCAGUGGUUAAGUAUGACCCUGACUGGUUGCACGAAUCAAAUUCAACCGGUGUUUAUAUCGUGACCGGUGCUCAACUCAUUAGCAAAGGGAAUUGGCCAAAGAAUAUGCUUCAUUUGCGCCUUCUCUACACUCACAUACCGAAUUGCAGCAUCAGGAAAACCGAAUGGGCUUCUGCGCCAGAAGCUUCGAGAAAAUCGUCUUUCUUCACAAAUCUGAGCACAACAUUUUCAUUCACACAACAAAGUGUUACUGCCACACAGAAACAGGCUGCUCCAACUGCACUUAACUCUGGUGUUUAUCCGGAUGGUCCGCCCGUGCCUGUUCGUUCUGCUAAAAUGCUUAAAUAUGUGGAGACGAGCGAGGUUUUGCGCGGUCCACAUGAUGCUCCCGGGCAUUGGUUGGUAAUUGCUGCUAAGCUUGUGACUGAAGGUGGCAAAAUUGGAUUACAGCCAGUUCUUCCUGAUGAAAGAGAGAGGAUUGAAGCAGCUGGUGGAAAAGUGAUUAAUUGGAAUGGAAGUCGCGUUCUAGGAAUUCUUGCUACUUCUAGAUCCAUAGGGGAUCAUUGCAUGAAGCCAUUUGUGAUAUCUCAACCAGAGAUCAACGUGCAUGGAAGAACAAAAUCAGAUGAGUUUGUUGUGGUGGCAAGUGACGGUCUUUGGGAUGUUGUAUCAAACAGUUUUGUUUGUGAAGUGGUAAAAAGCUGUCUCCAAGGUCAUAUGAGGAGGAAUCAUAGUGAUGCUGCUGCAAUUCUAGCUGAAUUGGCUAUGGCUAAGGGAAGCAAAGACAACAUCAGUGUUAUAGUCAUCCAACUCAACAACACUAACAUUUGAUAUCUGAUCCAAUUGUUUGCU